CGCGCCUGGGGCCGCCUUGGUUACCGCGUUUUGCGCUCCUCGCUACGUCAUCGUUGUGAGCCCGCUAUCAGCGGCCAGCGCGGGCGCGGCCGGAGACCGUGGGGCCUCCGGUUGCCGCCCCCUCGGGAGCCACCAUGUUGGUGAUACCCCCCGGACUGAGCGAGGAAGAGGAGGCUCUGCAGAAGAAAUUCAACAAACUCAAGAAAAAGAAAAAGGCAUUGCUGGCUCUGAAGAAGCAAAGUAGCAGCAGCACAACCAGCCAAGGUGGUGUCAAACGCUCACUAUCAGAGCAGCCUGUCGUGGACACAGCCACAGCAACAGAGCAGGCAAAGCAGCUGGUGAAGUCAGGAGCCAUCAGUGCCAUCAAGGCUGAGACCAAGAACUCAGGCUUCAAGCGUUCUCGAACCCUUGAGGGGAAGUUAAAGGACCCCGAGAAGGGACCAGUCCCCACUUUCCAGCCGUUCCAGAGGAGCAUAUCUGCUGAUGAUGACCUGCAAGAGUCAUCCAGACGUCCCCAGAGGAAAUCUCUGUAUGAGAGCUUUGUGUCUUCUAGUGAUCGACUUCGAGAACUAGGACCAGAUGGAGAAGAGGCAGAGGGCCCAGGGGCUGGUGAUGGUCCCCCUCGAAGCUUUGACUGGGGCUAUGAAGAACGCAGUGGUGCCCACUCCUCAGCCUCCCCUCCCCGAAGCCGCAGCCGGGACCGCAGCCACGAGAGGAACCGGGACAGAGACCGAGAUCGGGAGCGGGAUCGAGACAGAGACAGAGAGCGGGACAGGGAUCGGGAUCGGGAUCGGGAUCGAGAUCGAGACCGGGAACGGGACAGGGAUCGGGAGCGGGAUCGAGACCGAGACCGAGAGGGUCCUUUCCGCAGGUCAGAUUCAUUCCCUGAACGGCGAGCCCCUAGGAAAGGGAAUACCCUCUAUGUAUAUGGAGAAGACAUGACACCCACCCUUCUCCGUGGGGCCUUCUCUCCUUUUGGAAACAUCAUUGACCUCUCCAUGGACCCACCCAGAAACUGUGCCUUCGUCACCUAUGAAAAGAUGGAGUCAGCAGAUCAGGCCGUUGCUGAGCUCAACGGGACCCAGGUGGAGUCCGUACAGCUCAAAGUCAACAUAGCCCGAAAACAGCCCAUGCUGGAUGCCGCUACUGGCAAGUCUGUCUGGGGCUCCCUCGCUGUCCAGAACAGCCCUAAGGGUUGCCACCGGGACAAGAGGACCCAGAUUGUCUACAGUGAUGACGUCUACAAGGAAAACCUUGUGGAUGGCUUCUAGGGAACAGAGCUGGAUUCCUUGUGCCUCAUAUGCCCCAAUGCUGGUCUCAGUAAAACACUGAGGUGGAAGCUUA